AUGGGAGGGUUACGGGCUCUUUGCUGUAGCAAAGCGGAUCGAGAGAAUGACGACCAACAUAACCCUCCAACCCCAUCGGCCCAACCACGGCCCGAUAUGAAAAUAGCAAAGACACCGGCAAACAUCAAAAGCGAGUCGAGUUUGACGAAAUUGGCGCAGGAAAAAUCAGGCCCUCGUAAUCUAUGGAAAGAGGCAUACGAGGAAUUGAGCCCUGAGCUCACAAAGUACAUAUCUGGAUUUUCUAUUUCAGCAACAGACGCCAUUCACGACGUGAUCAAAGAAACAACGGCUAGGUACGAGCAGUGGAAGAAGGGUGGCCUCCGAAUUCCUCGAAAAGAUGGAGAUGAGAUCAAUGUUCGUGAUUCGGCGGAGAAGAUUAUCAACGCGGCGAUGAAAGCCAAUGAUUUGAUCUCGAAAUUUGUGUCAUUAGAUCCGACAGGACAUGCAUCCUCUGCAUGGACUGUUAUUUCAUUUGGAAUGAGUAUUGUCCAAAACACCUUAGAUCGCCGGAACGCUAUCUUCGCUGCAUCCGAGUAUCUUGCUGAGACCCUCGCCUUCUAUGCAUUGAUUGAUGCAAACUAUCGAAACCAGGAUGUCGAAAGUGAUCAGAACCUUGACCAAGCCCUGCUUCGGGUCUAUUCGGCCAUUCUUGCUUUCACAGCGGAGGUGAAGAAAGCACAGAAUGAGAGUGCAGGAGUCCGUCCCCUUAAAGCUGUUUUUGCACUUACUGAGCAGCCACUGGGACAAUUAAAAGACGCCAUCGCCGCGCAGAGUGAGCUCGCACAGAAAUGGGCUUACUUAGCUGCUAACCUCGGUGACCGGAAGGUUGCUGCAGCUCAUCUCGCACAAAUCAAAAGCGUCGAGUCUAAAGUCUUGACUGCAGAAGAAGAAAGACAGCUUGACUGGAUGUCGAGAGCUGCCUACUCUAGUCGUCAGAGGGACUUGCAGAAGAAGCGAACUGACGGUACGGGUAAUUGGUUCCUAGAUUCAGAAGAGGACACUGAUUGGAAAUCCAAUUCUGGGGGGCUAUUAUGGCUACCGGGAAUUUCGGGUUGUGGCAAGUCUGUCCUUUGCUCCACGGUGAUUCAGAACAUUGAGCAUGAUUGUGAAUCCGAUGAUUCAAAUCGCUCACCACUGUUGCCGUCAAUGAUCAAGAUCUGGGAGGAUCAUCAUCUACGAGGAAGCGAACCUAAUUCCCAGGCCGUGUCUAAUCUCUUAGAUAACGUGAUAUCUAACACUUCUGGUCAUGUUUACCUGGUAUUAGAUGCAUUGGACGAGUGCCCAGAGAACGCCAAAUCUAAGGAGAGAAUGACACUUUUGAAUCUUCUUACAGGCCUAGUUGAGAGACACAAGAACAAACUUCACAUUCUCGCUACAAGCCGACCAGAGCAGGAUAUCAAGCAGGAGCUACAGGCAUUCUCUACAAUCGAUCUAGAAGUCUACCUAGAUAGCGAUGUCAGAUCUUUUGUUGAAACAUCACUCAAGCAGGAUCCAUUGAAGAGGUUGAGUCAAGAUCUGAAAGAUCUAAUCAGAGAGAAGUUGCUGAGUUCUAAGGAACGCUCAAUCCCGCAAACGCUAGAGGCAACAUAUCGCAAGAUCCUUGACGGCUUCACACCUAGAAAUGUGCCUCUAGCCCGCAAAAUUCUUCUUCUUAUCUGCAUUUCCCCAAUAGUCCUUGACCUGAAGACUAUUGCCGCUGCUGUUGGCCUUGGAUUCCCCGAAGCUGUCCUCAAAAUCUGCACUACUGCGCUAGUCAGUGAGGUAGAUGGAAAACUCCGAUUCGCCCACUUCUCCGUCCAAGAGUUUCUUAUUGUUUCAGAGAAAGACAGCCAGCACCAUGAAUGCCAGUUUUCUAUAACUGACGGUCACUAUUCACUCGCAACGAGUACUAUAGACUGUCUUCUUGAUCACACAACCGUCUUGACAAGGCUAGAGCCGAUGCAACAGCCUUUUUUCAAGUACGCGGCGACUUACUGGGAUACCCAUAUGACUGCCUCAAUGGACGCCGAUCGAGCGCCAGACUUCCAGGCUAAGAUGCAUCGUCUAUUCACUGAACCCAAUGUGUACUUCAACUGGGCGCGCGUGGUUGACAACGAAUGCCCGCUCUGGAAUGAUUCGAGAGAAAACCGAAUCCAAGAUUGCGAGCAGCCAAUUCAAUUCGCCUCAAGGAUGGGAUUUUUCCAAACCGUGGAGUAUUUGUUGAAUCAGGGCACUCAUCCUGAUGUCACUGGCUUGAGAGCGGAGCAUGGCUAUGCACUUCGACUCGCGUCAUAUGCGGGCCAUGAGAAUAUAGUGGCGUUACUACUAGAUCGAGGCGCUGACAUUAACGCCUUGGGAGGGUAUUGGGAAACUACUGCACUCCAACAGGCCACGUUGAAAGGCCAUGAAAAUAUUAUACGAUUGCUGCUUGAACAAGGCGCUGAUUCCAGCAACAACUUGGGACUAUACGGUACUGCUCUCCAAAUUGCAUCGUAUCAGGGUUAUAACAAGAUAGUGGAAAUGCUGCUAUAUCACAACGCGGAUGUCAAUGCCAUAGGGGGGCUCCUUUAA